AAAACUUUAUCAACAUUCACGAUCUACCAUUAGUUCAUGGCCAAAGAUAUUAUGUAUGCAUAUAUUCAAAUGCCACAAAGAAGGUAUAUGAAUAUGUAGAAGUGUUACUACCAGAGAUAUCAGUGUGUUCUGAUGGCAUCACCGUUGACCAAAGCCCACCUUUACAAGGCAAUGUAUGGAUUGGAUGGAGAGAACAACAUUACCAAUCAGCUAUAUCUGAACUUGUUGUUAACUGGCAGUCAUUUGUUGACGUAGAAGAGGAAGGCCGUACCACUCAUCAUUCAGGAAUUCGAAAAUACGAAUGCGCUAUUGCAACCGAUUUUGUGGGCCUCACCACUAUAUCUGUAUCACCCGGAGUCACCAUAGAUACAACGCCACCACAGAAGACAGAUGUGAAAAUCAACAUUGGCGGGUCUUUCCAUGUUUCAACUUCAUCUGUCAGUGCUAGUUGGCGAGGACUGUUUGUUGAUUUAGAAAGUGGUAUUUCUAUAUAUGAAUGGGCAGUUGGGUCACUCCCAGGUUUUGCAGAUAUUAUGCCGUUUACUGUUAUUAACUCCGAAGAAGGAACAUCGGAUGAAAACAUUGACCUUGAAUUAAAAGAAGGCCAUGCGUAUUAUGUUUCAGUUAAGGCAUACAAUGGAGCUGGAAUGUCAACCAUGGCAACAUCAUGGGCCACUAUUGUUGAUGCGUCACCCCCAAUUGCUGGUUAUGUUUAUGAUGGAACUGUUUCUGCUGAUCAAAUUGACCUUGAUGUUCAGACGGAUCUGAGCAGCUUAACGGCAAGGUGGACUGGUUUUAGUGAUCCACAUACUGGUAUUGCUACAUAUACAUGGGCAAUUGGUACAUGCAAAGUUUGUGAUGAUACAAGGGGAGAACAGUAUGUUGGUGUAGUAACUGAGAUGACAGCAGAUAACCUAAAUUUGAAACCUGGUUUCACGUAUUAUACGACCGUUAUAGCUUGCAAUGCUGCCAAGUUAUGUACAACAGUGACGUCAGACGGUGUCCUGAUAGAUAACUCUCCCCCAGUCCGAGGCGCAGUGCAUGACGGGAUUAGUGGUCCUGACAUUGCAUAUCAAACAUCAAGAUCAACAAUGGCUGCACACUGGUACGGAUUCCAUGACCCACAGUCACAGAUAUCCCAUUACGAAUGGAGAGCAGGAACCACCGUUGGAGGAGAGGAAAUUGUACCACCAACGACGCUGCAUUUAACAGAGAAAGUGUUUAUUUCCCACAUGUCAAAAGAUUUGCCCCUAAACACUAUGAUAUAUGUAACGGUGAGGGCGUACAACAAAGCAGGACUCUUUGUGGAAGCAUCUUCAAACGGUUUUGCAGUUGAUGAAACUCCUCCAAAUAUAACAACGCCUGCAGCCUUCGACGCAAGUCAGGGAUCGUUCAUGGACAACACUCAGACAUGGCGAUCCUUGAUAAAAGUUACAUGGGAUGUCAGUGACCAAGAAAGCCAUAUUGAUACACAGAGUGUCUCCAUUUUCACACAUCAACAGUCCGAGUUAGAUAUUGAUCCAGUAAAG